CACUUGUCUUAUCCAAACACCGCCUAACCUUUUCCCUUCCAACAACUCCCUAAAUAUAUAAGCAGACAAACGCCAAAAACCCUAAAAAUAGCAAAACCCUAAUAAUAAGAAGAAGAAAAAGAAAAACAUAAAUUGAAAGGCCGCUCUGUAUAGCUCAACCUCCCACUUUCUUCAUCAAGAUACCCUUUGUUUAGACAGCAAAAAGCUUUGAUCAAGUGCUUCUGUUAUGGCGACAAGACUUCAGUUUGAGAAUAAUUGUGAAAUCGGAGUGUUCUCAAAGCUCACAAAUGCUUACUGCUUGGUAGCAAUUGGAGGCUCAGAAAAUUUCUACAGCACAUUUGAGUCUGAACUAGCAGAUGUUAUUCCCGUGGUUAAGACCUCCAUUGGUGGCACAAGAAUAAUUGGACGGCUUUGUGUUGGUAACAAAAAUGGACUUCUUUUGCCUCAUACUACCACUGACCAAGAGCUUCAACACUUGAGGAACAGUCUGCCUGAUGCAGUUGUGGUUCAGCGCAUUGAUGAGAGGCUAUCUGCACUUGGAAAUUGCAUUGCAUGCAAUGACCAUGUUGCUCUUACACAUACUGAUCUUGACAAGGAAACUGAGGAAAUGAUAGCGGAUGUUCUUGGGGUGGAGGUUUUUAGGCAGACUAUUGCUGGUAAUAUUCUCGUGGGCAGUUACUGUACGAUUUCAAACAGAGGCGGCCUGGUCCACCCUCAUACCUCCAUUGAAGACUUGGACGAGCUUUCAACCCUUCUUCAGGUUCCGUUGGUGGCAGGCACAGUGAACCGUGGUAGUGAAGUGAUAGCUGCUGGGUUGACCGUCAAUGACUGGACUGCAUUUUGUGGGUCAGAUACUACAGCUACUGAAUUGUCUGUGAUAGAGAGCGUUUUCAAGCUAAGGGAAGCCCAACCUAGUGCCAUUGUUGAUGAAAUGAGGAAGUCAUUGAUAGACACCUAUGUCUAAUUUUGCCGUUGCUUGCAGUUCAACAAUAACUAUGCGUACCUUUCUUCCAACAUUCUGGAUUUUCCUAUGUCUUUUUUCUGUUUGGUUUUCUGACUGGAUAUUUGUUUGGUACAAAAUAGCAGACGACUUGUUUAGCAAA